AGCGUGGUAUUCGACUCUCGUGACGCAUGCGCAGUUGGCGGGACAACCAGAAUGAAGAGAACGCGAGGCAGUCCGGCACAGAAGAAGAGAGCGAAGAAGGCUAGAGUUGAUGUUGAGAAACGGCAAAAUGAUCAUGAAAAUAAAACGAAAAAUAGAACAACAAGCGAUGCCUCCAUUCCUGACAUCAUCUCUUGGCAAGAAAACACCGUUGCCUCACUCUGUCUUCGUCUCAACGAAGAUCUAAAAUCAGCAGGAUUUCCAAAAUCUACUCAAGAAUCUCUUCACAUACUUCGUCACUACUUCACUCGUCAUCAACAGCUAAACUCAGAAAACUGGAAAAACAGAGACGUCAUAGACAGUUUGGUCACCACAUUCAUAUUCAACACUCACAGGACAGCAAAGCCGGAUAGAGCGGCCAUCACUACUCUACACAUUUUGCAAAUGAUCUGCAGCUGCUUGAAUGAUGAAAGUGACGAGAACGUGAGAGUUCGGGUGUUUAAUUGUUUGUUCCCGCCGAAUAUCAGUGGUGACAUGUUGAAACUGGAAGCUCAACUUGUGUCUCUUGCGAUUAGUUGUGGGUUGUCACGUGUGCUGGAUGUUGUGGCUUGGUGCAUGUUGGAAGAGCAUGCGGCUCACACAGGACGAGUCAUCAUCACCGAUUUCUGUUGUCUCCUGCCGUCUAUGCUCCCCAACCUACAAAACGUAUUGAAGUCAUCCCCAUCCAUGGCUGCUCGUCUUCUCACAUCCUUCACCUACAUAUUCGACAUCACAUCCGCUACUACACGAGGUGAACUCCUUCCUCUGUCGUUGUUGUCUGUUGUGACCGAGUGGGUUCACUCUCAACCAAUGUUGCCGUAUGAUCGUGUGUCGACUCCUUCGUGUUCUCUAUUUCAUCCCGUCUUGAGUCAUUCCACGUCAUCAUCACUACCCGUCACUGGUCUCAUUGUGUGGACCGUUCUUGGUCCACUGUCUCAUCUUGUUGGUGUGAGAGUUGAUGCAAGUUGGAGGAAACAUGAUGUGAAACGGUGUGGCCUCUUCUCUCGUCUUCACACAUCGAUCCUUCGAGGUGCAGUGGAGUAUGAACAUCGAGGGAUGAAAGCGGAUAACGUGUGGUUGAGGAAACACGUGACUUUACAUACUAGUCACGUGAUUAAGAUUGCAGAGCGGCUUGCAAUGGCUGCAGCUGCUGCUACUAGUGAAGAUGGAGAGUUGAUUCAGUUGGCUGUUGAUCGGUUUGCUCAGGCUAUUCAACUGUUGCAGUCGUGUCAAUUGUUGGACAUCAAAUCAGUUAUAUCCGAUCUAAACCAACACGUAGACAAGAUCCCAUCCAAUAGGCUACUCCACAUCGUAUUAUCUCACUGGACCAAGCAGCAAUAGCACGCAGUCCAACCAUCGAUGUUACACAGUAACAAACCGUCCCUACCAACAAGGCAGAUAGACAACACGACCGAACCAAAUACUG